AUGACGAAGAUGUACAACUUAUUCUGCAUGUUAGCUGUUACUAUUACAGUCGUUACAACGUUAUCGAACGCUCUUUAUUUGGGAGAUAGCCGCUAUUCUCUCACUAGACGUAAUCUCAGUCUCAAGGGAUACAGACGCAACGAUAUCACUAUCGAUCGCGAACGUCGUCAGACUGGUGCAAAACCACGUCUUCCAACGCUUGAUGAGACCAAUACGGUAUCAACACAGCAAGCUACAACGGGCAACGCUGGUAACAUCCUACUCUACAGGAGAGAUCCAAACAGACUUCCAAAGGUCUCAGAAGUAAACCUGCAGCUCGAGCAACGCCCAAUGAAAGGCUUAAACGGGUUGAUCACACCGGGAAGGGUCAUCCGUUCACAACGUAAAAACGGUGGUAUUUUCCGCUCACACACCCACCACAACAAGGCCCCAGCUCAGCUCCGUACUUACGACUACGCUGAGCGUAACGGUUACGUCCGUGGUAUAGUCAAGGAGAUCAUCCACGACGCUGGUCGUGGUGCUCCACUUGCACGUGUCGUUUUCCGUGAUCAAUACCGCUACAAGCUCCGUACUGAAACCUUCAUCGCUACCGAAGGUCUCUACACCGGUGCAUUCGUCUACUGUGGUAAGAAGGCUGCUCUCGCCGUCGGUAACGUUUUGCCAGUUUCACAAAUGCCAGAAGGUACCGUCAUCUGUAACAUCGAAGAAAAGUCCGGUGACAGAGGUGCAUUGGCAAGAAGCUCAGGAAACUACGCUACUAUCAUCGGUCACUCAGAAGUUGACGGUAAGACUAGAAUCCGUCUUCCUUCAGGUGCCAAGAAGGCCGUCGUUGGCUCUUCAAGAGCUACUGUUGGUAUCGUAGCAGGUGGUGGUCGUAUCGACAAGCCACUCCUCAAGGCUGGUAGAGCCUACCACAAGUACAGAGUCAAGAGAAACUGCUGGCCACGUACUCGUGGUGUUGCUAUGAACCCAGUAGAUCACCCUCACGGUGGUGGUAACCACCAACACAUUGGUCACGCCUCAACCAUCGCCAGAGAUGCUCCAUCUGGUCAAAAGGCUGGUCUCAUUGCUGCCAGACGUACUGGUUUACUCCGUGGUACUCAACAAGUCCGCGAAGCUUAA